GCUCGUGCGGGAUUGUCGGUUGCCAAACUGAAGCAGGGCGAUGUGAAACAUUUCCUCAGAAACGAAGGAUUGGGUUUUGUUGGUUUUUUUUUUUUACCGAAAAGCGCAAAGCCAAGUGGAGCGCCUGCCUCCUCCUGUCUAUCAUGGCCUCCAAACCCCACCCCCCUCUUAUGAAAAAACACAGUCAGACUGAUCUGGUGAGCCGUCUGAAGACGCGUAAAGUCCUGGGUGUGGGGGGAGAGGACGACGAUGGAGAAGUGCACAGAUCAAAGAUCAGUCAGGUGUUGGGCAAUGAAAUUAAAUUUGCCCUGCGAGAACCCAAUGGGCUUAGACUCUGGAUACUUCUCUCUGCAGUCAUGUUCACAGCUGCAGCUUUAGUGGCCCUGGCCUUCCCCAACCAGCUGUACGAGGUUAUCUUCGAGCUCACCACCACUAGAAUCUCCAUCAGACUAUAUGGAGGAGCCCUUCUGAGUAUUUCAUUAAUCCUGUGGAAUGGGCUCUACACUGCCGAGAAGGCCAUUAUUCAGUGGACCCUACUUACUGAAGCUUUCUAUUUCGGUGUGCAGUUUCUUGUGACAUCUGUCUCACUGCUGGAGAUGGGUGUGCUGUCCAAUGGAGCUGCACUCCUCCUCCUGAGUGAAGUCGUCUUCCUCCUCAUCACGCUCUCUUACUACCACCAACUCGGCCGUCGGACAAAGAAGAUCUGAUGCAGACUGACUAAUCUAUGUGUGGGCUGGUGUGCCUGAGAGAGAGAGAGAGAGAGAGGGGGAGAGAAGCCAUUUUGUAAAAUGACUUGGCACACCAGAAUUCAUGUGGUAUACAGUAGUUCAUCUGUCUGCACCAGACAAGUCCAAGCACUGUUUGGUUUUGCAAUAUAGGGUCAUGACCUUUUUCUGAUGUGUUCCUAUUUAUUGCGCUUUGGUCACACUUGUGCAACUGAAAAAUGCAUAAUUGUGCUUUGGGGAGUUUAUUUGAGAAUACGUAGUAUGCUUCACCAAAAUUCUGUAGAUGGUAAUGUAACAAAUGAUGUGGUGUUAUCCAGUGUAUAUAACUCUAAACUCUUUACUAGGUUAGGGUUAUAUUUGUUGGUAAGGUUAAAUGAGGUAUAGUUAUGAUAGUUUUAAUGAAAUGGCUAGAUUGAGGCAUUAGGCUCCUAUAGCUUAUACAGCUGUCUACACCUUCAAAAUAAGAAUCAAAAUUAGUGUAAACUAUAACACUUGCUAAAACACAUGCUGUUGACACAUGGGAAUAUUUGUCUGAGGUUUUAAAGCACAGUUUGAGAUCAGAUCUUUAUUGUACCAAUGUUCUAAAUUGAUAUAAUAUAUAAACAAAAUGUAAAUGGAAGUAUAUACUAGCAAAAUCUAAACAAAGUAAGUUGUCUGAAGUACAGCGUUAUUUGUGCACAGGGGCACUGGCCAUGGCCUUAGUUGUAAGACUGCAAGCACAUGGUAAGUAAAUGUAGUAUUUAAUAGUGUCAAGCAAAACUAAACCAAAAAAGGUAUUGAAUCAUCUCAGUUACACAGAGUAGAAAAAGGUUUCAACUUUGUCAGGUUUAGUAUUAACUAGUAUUUAUUCCCUCUGAAACCUGCUGUAUGUUCUCCUGUCCUUAACUUUCAUCACAAUUUCCUAUACAUGCCAGUAUGUGUCCAUUUCUCAUAUCUUUAAUAUAUUGAGCAUAACCUACUACUGAAGUCUGUUUUGAAGUUUUCCAGUCUAGUGCAUGGAUUAUUGUGUUGACAUGAGCAGUCAGAAGGGAUUAUUCCUUUUUCUAAAAUGACACACAGCAAUCAUUAAAUGUGGAAACCCCUGACUUGCCAUUAUUUCAACGUUAAUGGCAAUUCAGUUUUCAAUGGCAUUGUUGCCUUCAAAUCAAAUAUUUAUGCUGAUUAGUACUACAGUGUAAAAGAUUAAAUGCCAGAGUGUAAAAAGAAUUACAUUUUUACAGCAAAAUGUGUCUAUUAAUAUAGCAGUAGCGUGCAGGGUAAUCAGUACCUGCUUUAAAUGGUAUAGGUGCUUUGAAAGUCUCUAGUGAUUGUUUACCAUUAAAAUAUCCUCUUGGACAUGUGUUACUGUGUUUAGUAGACUCUGAAAAUGAACCCAUUACUUUUCAGGUGUAAACACAGCUAUCAUAGUUGUAUUAAUUUAGAUAAAUUAAACUCCUUGGACACAGACAUUUGCUUAGAUUUUCUCAUUUACUUUGCAAGGACAUUGUGAUUUCACAGACACAUUAUAACAAAAGUAAUUACACGUUCUCUUUACAUCAACCUUGGUAUUAAUCAAAUAGUGUCUUCUGAAAAAAAAAAGUAUAUACACACAACUUUGUGUAUUUACUUUUCUAGCAAGAAUGUGCAGUGCUCAAGAAAUAUAUGCUUUGGUUUUUUUUGUUUGGUUUAAAUGGCUUCAGUCUGAAGUGUUCUUGACUAGUUUAGUAAAGCCUGAACAUGUA